GCGGGGUGCAGUCAUUGAGCGAAAAGCCAAUCUUGACUACAUAAUACCCUUUCCUUAGCUAUAUUACCAGAGGGAACGAAUCUAUUUUGCACAUAAUGUCUGAAUUGAAUGCCACGCAAACGCGCCAGCAGCUUCAGCAGCUUGAAAGCGAACAUGGCGACUUGAAGUCGCAACUUUCCAUCGUCCGGAUCAGCGAGCCGAUAUUCUCGCCAGAGGAAGAUUCCACAGGCUCAUCUCCUUCGAAACGCAAUUCGGAUGUAUCUGCUGUUGAUACCCCUUCACCAGCGUCCCUUGAGGCAGAUUUGACACAUUACAAGGAGUUGUUCUCGAAGCUGCGCUUCUCAUAUGUCGAACAAGUGACAAAAGAGAAAUUCUUACGUGCAAUUGUAGGCGAUCCGCCUCUUGUUGUGGGUCAUAAUGAGAACGUGGAGUUGGAAACACAACUGGCCGAAGUAAAGGCGGAGCUGAAGGCACGUAAAGAGGAGGUUCGAUCGAUGAUAGAGGAUAUGGAAAAGAUGGCUCGGAACCUCUCAAAUCGUUACAAGAAUGUCCAGCUGCAAAUGACGGAACUGGCUACGCUUCCUGAAUCAAUUGAAAAUCUCGAAUCCACCAUUGCGGCGCUACGAACGAAACAAGUUGCCAAUUCGAGCACAUCGUCGUCGCAGAAUCUCCCGCUUCCCGCGACGUUGUCCCUACUGGCGGAACGCGAGGCUGAACUUGCAGCACUUAACCGACAAAUCGCCACAGCACAGAAUGCUUUACCCCGAAAGACUCGAGAGGCUGAAACCAUGGAGCGAGAGUUAAAUAUACUGGAGCGGCGCAAGUCAGAGGCUAUAAUGCAAGCACGAGAGGCACAGAGAAAAAAGCAAGAGGGCGAAAGCGACGGACUCGAAGAAGCAGGAAGAUGGUACCGGAGCGCGGAAGAAGCGUUGAAGAAACUCGUUGGGGUCGAAGGAUAAGAAUCGUUGGUAAUGAAUUACGACAUGACUUGAUAUCUGGGGGCGGGGUUCGGCGUUCUGGCUUGCUUUAAACCUGCAGUAUACAAUACGAUGAGGGCUACGGUGAUUUCGAUAAGAUGAUAAGUCUAAGAUGAAAGAUUGGGUUUCGAAACUGAGCCGUAGGCUAGCUAAGUGUUAUAUUUUUUUUUAAAUUCGUCAAGAUGCAAGGUCGUACAACAUUAUACGCGAUGCUGCAGUGACAUCGAAGCCCCGUGGAUAUAUUGUCCGUAACGAAACCCGUCCAUACUCCUAUUUUUAAUAAUCUACUCCUCAUCCUCCUCAGCCUCAUCAUCACCACCGCC